CUGUUCGUAGCAGAAACGCUCUCACUCGUCGGCGUGACGGCUGAAGUGCUGCUGCUUUGAUGGACGCUCAGACCAAAUCAGGGAAAGUUUACCUGCAACCCCACAAACCUGGAAAAAAAUGGAAGCCGGUGUGGUUGUCUCUGACGCCCCCCAGCAGCCGUGGAGUGGGCCGACUGGAGAUCCAGGACAUGGGAGGGGGCGAUCUCAGAAAACACGGGGACCGGAGGGUGAAGGUGGUCCGACUGUCCGAGUUGAUCAGCGUCCUCAGACUCCCCCCGAACGCUGAGGCCUGCCCCAUGGAGAACAUGUGGGCGUUCUGCGUGGAGACUCAGGACAGGACCAUGGUGUUCGCCGCACUCAGAGACGACUGUGCCGACUGGGUGGACAAACUGUGCCAAAGCACGUUUCAGAAAGGAGGCCGUCCACGCUCGAAUCAGCCCCGAAUGGAGGAGAACCAGAUAUACGUCUCAGUACAAGAAGCCUCUGAGUUCUGGGUGGCGAUUCAGAGGAACGUUUAUUUUCUCUCCUCCUCCCAGCUGACCCUAACCAUCGAAGCCGGGCGGCGCUGCGACUCCGGUCCUGGAGCGUUCAUCUUUGAGACGCCGCAGGCUGACAAGAUAUUCGCCCGGAUUCAGAGCACCAUCAAACUGAAGACUUCAUCGACCAACCCAAACCCAGAGGGAGAGAAGGUUGCGGUAACCAACAUACAGGCUCAUUCGCCCCUCCCCAAAGUCCCCGAUAUGACCAACAUGGCCGCCAUCCUGGAGAACAAGCUGAGGACAGAGGAGAGCAGAGAAGAGAGCGCACAUGCUCGGGAAGAUCACCCGCCUCCUAUCACCCUCAUGCCACUCCCACUGGUCCCUGCUGCCUCCUCUGCAGGUAACCAUGGAGACCAGUCAGAGGCCAUAUACGCCAAUCCGACCGACUGCAUCCGGCCUGUAACAAAACCCCCGCCUGUCAGAGCCACGUAUAUCGACCCUGCAAGCGUUCUUCCUCUCAAACCCCCAUGUGCCGCUCCGCAUCCCCCCCCUCGCGCGGACGACCCGGAUUCGGUCUACUCGGAGGUGUACGACAAGAUCGGCCAUCACCAGAACAAAGACAACGUCCUCCAGAAAAAAGAAGAAACGAAGGUUUCAGCAGAGGGUGCCGCGGUCUAUGCCGAACCCAGCAGACGGAGCAAAGUGUCUCUGACAAGCGAAGCCAAGGCCGACCCCUUCGCUCAUCUUUACGCUCAUGUCUGUAAGAAAGCACCGUCGUCUAGCCCCUCGUCAUCCAAUGAGAGCACCCCCUCGUCCUCAUCUCAUAUCGCCAACAGGAGCACAACAAAAGCCUCGGAUUGUCCACUUGAUGAUGUAAUCUAUGAAAACCUGGGCAUCAUUUAACUCUGGUGUUUAGAAAACAUCUGAAACCAUCAUCGACGUUCUUCAUAGUAAAAUUGUUCAAAAACUCGUGUUACCGCAGCACAUGCGAUGUAGGCUGACCUCAGACUGUAGAAGUUUGGGACUGGACGUCGGAGGAACUGCCGGUUUUGUAAAGUCAGGGAUCAGAUGUUUGAGAAACUUCUUGCUUGCUUCCUAAAAUAUGAAUAUUUAAUCAUUAAGACAGGUGAAUAAAUAAACCUGCAUGAAUGUGAUUUAUGUUAAUGUAUCUGUUUAUCUGCAUAUUUAUAAGUUUAGCACUCCUGUGUUGCAAAUUCAUACUCUGAUUUUUCCACAUAGAAAACUUCUCAUACAUAUAAAACUGUAAACACGCUUGUUUGGUUACGAUGUACAAAUGUUUGCUGCAAAAAUGUCCCCGAGUCAUGUUACACACAUGGGCCUUACUAUGUUUCUGUGUAAAUAUCGGAGCUAUGACAGGUAUCGCCAUCAUCUGUUACCGUAAGUGUUAUUGUGCUUUAAAUAAAACAAAUAU